UACGGAGCGGCCAAAGCGCAGGCAGCAGAGGGGAGCAGGAAAAGAGAGGCAUCUGAACAAACUCAGAUAAUAACUCAUCAAAAUGUCCGGACGGUCAGUACGAGCGGAAACGCGAAGCCGUGCAAAAGAUGAUAUCAAAAAAGUCAUGGCGGCGAUCGAACGGGUCCGCAGAUGGGAGAAAAAGUGGGUAACAGUGGGUGACACAUCCCUACGGAUCUUCAAGUGGGUUCCUGUAUCAGAGACGAAGCAGAUAUUUAAAGCCAAAGGCCCAGGAGGGACCACAAGGGAACUCAAGGGCUUUCCUACUGACGUGGUGCUAGAAAAUGCUCGCUCGGUCCUACUGGAUUUUCAGGAUGACAAUAGUAACCAGAGUUUCUUGUCGGAUGCCUAUCAGUCAAAUAACAAAGUGGACAGCAGCAGUAACUCUAGUCCACAGCAUGCCAGUGGGGCAGUGAGCCCUACUCACACUCCCUACUUCCGUACAGAAGACUCGCAGCCACCCACUCUGGGACAGGAGACCAUGGAGGAGCCAUCAAUGACCAGCAGUGAAGUCACUGAUGAACCUCCAACUCUAAUAAAAGAGGAUUUGCUGCCUCUGUCUGCUCAGGAGGAUGAAGACGUGGCGGGUGCUCCAGCUUUGAAAAGAGUUUGUACAGAAUAAAAGGCUUUUAUUAAAAGCCAAGUUUUAGCAUCGCCACAUCAUGAUCAACACCGCUCACCAGGACACGUGGGACUGAAAUGAGCAGCCAUGUUGUGGACUGAGCGUUUGUCUGCUACAUUCAAGUUUCAUAAAGAAAGAAUGAUGUCACUUCCCCAGAACUGAUUCCUAAAAUUAGCAAGUGAUUAACAAAAGAAACAACUCCUGAUCUCUAGCAAAGCUCUACAAACGGACUAAAAAGGCACAAAGUAUACAAAUGGUUGAAAUUUCAUUUAGAUUUCUUUUCCCCAAAGUUUUUAUGUAUUUUUACCGUGAGGUAUUUACUUGAAGACAAAUCUAUAAGUAUUAUAUUUGCUGUAAAUAAGUCAAUGUGGGAAAGAACACUAUAAAAGUUUAGUGUGUCAUGGGAUAGUGUAGGUACACUUUAGGACGUUUACGUAUCAACUCAUUUGUAUUGCAUUUUAAGCUGUUCUAAGUUUGUGUAGAAUAUUUGCUUUCACUUUCAUUGCAUGUGUUGCUUUAUCAUCCUUUGUUUUAUUGCAUGCAGCAAGAACUAGUGGUUUAGACGGUUUACCAAAUGGGAUUUAUUUGUUAACAGGCUAAAUUUAGUGAAGGUUAGGAACAGCAAAGACAUUUUGGACUCAGCUCAGGUAUCUUAAGGUGAAACUGUAAAUUGAUCUUUGAAAAUCUGAAAGAAACUGAUAUGAGAAUCUAGCAAAAAAAUGUAAUAUACUGUGCCGGGGGAUGAUGAAGCUAUUUUCAGUACAGCAGUUUUAGCAAUUCCCUUUUUUUCAUACUUGCACUGCAGAUAUGAAGGUCUUUACAUUUACAAACAGUCUAUGAAGAUUUCUUUAUAGAAAAAAAAUCUAUACAAAGAUGAAAUAUGUGAAAGUUAUGAGAAUGAACCUAAUACAGUAUGUAUUCACAA